GGAGGUUGAUUGGCGGUCUUGCCGGCCAGUGAAGCCAGGGCGUGGGCGGGGCGCGGCUCGGAGCGCGAAACAUGGCGGGGCAGGACGCUGGCUGCGGCCGUGGCGGCGACGACUACUCAGAGGACGAGGGCGACAGCAGCGUGUUCAGGGCGGCUGUGGAGGUGUUCGGGAAGCUGAAGGACCUAAACUGCCCCUUCCUCGAGGGUCUGUAUAUCACAGAGCCAAAGACAAUUCAGGAACUGCUGUGCAGCCCCUCAAAGUACCGCUUGGAGAUCCUAGAGUGGAUGUGUACCCGGGUCUGGCCCUCACUGCAGGACAGGUUCAGCUCACUGAAAGGGGUCCCAACAGAGGUGAAGAUCCAAGAAAUGACGAAGCUGGGCCAUGAGCUGAUGCUGUGUGCGCCAGAUGACCAGGAGCUCCUCAAGGGCUGUGCCUGCGCCCAGAAGCAGCUACACUUCAUGGACCAGUUGCUCGAUGCCAUCCGGAGCCUGACUAUUGGGUGCUCCAGUUGCUCGAGCCUGAUGGAGCACUUCGAGGACACCAGGGAGAAGAAUGAGGCCUUGCUGGGGGAGCUCUUCUCUAGCCCCCACCUGCAGAUGCUCCUGAAUCCAGAGUGCGACCCGUGGCCCCUGGACAUGCAGCCCCUCCUCAACAAGCAGAGUGAUGACUGGCAGUGGGCCAGUGCCUCUGCCAAGUCCGAGGAGGAGGAGAAGCUGGCGGAGCUUGCCAGGCAGCUGCAGGAGAGUGCUGCCAAGUUGCAUGCGCUUAGAACGGAGUACUUUGCACAGCAUGAGCAAGGGGCCGCUGCGGGCGCAGCCGACAUCAGCACCCUAGACCAGAAGCUGCGUCUGGUCACUUCCGACUUCCACCAGCUAAUCUUGGCUUUUCUCCAAGUCUACGACGACGAGCUGGGCGAGUGCUGCCAGCGCCCAGGCCCUGACCUCCACCCGUGCGGCCCCAUCAUCCAGGCCACGCACCAGAAUCUGACUUCCUACAGCCAAAUCCCCAGAGGCCAACCUAAAAAGCCGGCUUUAGUUACGAUGACUACAGUUCCCAUAUGCGCAACUCUGCCCUUGGCUCAAGGAUUCCGUGAUGUUUAUUUUGGUUUUCUAAGCGAGAGGCUCCGAGCCUUCCAACCUCUGACUGGCUGGUCCUGUGAGACCCCUCGAUCAGGGAUGCUGCUGCAAGUGGUCGUGGCAGUUGCUGACACCUCUGCGAAAGCCGUGGAGACCGUGAAGAAGCAGCAAGGCGAGCAGAUCUGCUGGGGUGGCAGCAGCUCCGUCAUGAGUCUAGCUACCAAGAUGAAUGAACUAAUGGAGAAACAGAAAGUCUUCAGUGAUGGCCUACGCCAAAGCACAGGAUAGGGGCGGGCAGGAAGCCCUCUCCCAAGAUCGAGUUGGCUGAGGAUGGAUGAUUGUGGCAGCAGAAGCCGUUGCAGCCCCACGUUGUGCUCUAGGCAGGGACCUUUGGCCCGUUUGGGGAGGGAGAGACAGACGGGCGGUUUGACUUGGACACAAAGAAAGCCUUGGUUUCUAA